AUGGGGCACCACAGAGAUACAGGGGAGUUGGCUGCUUUCCCCUUAGAGGACAUUAUCAAUGGUUAUGAGUGCCCGGCUCACUCAGUACCUUGGCAGGUGUACUUCACCACCAGCGGGAGCCGCUGGUGCGGAGGGUCUCUGAUCAACGAGUGGUGGAUCGUGUCGGCUGCCCACUGUUAUGUCCCGGCCAACACUCUGGUCGCCCACCUCGGAGAGCACGACACGAUCCAGCCAGAGGGCACGGAGCAGAACAUAAAUGCCGCCCUGGUCAUUCGCCACCCCAAUUACAAUGACAAGACCCAAGACAACGAUAUCAUGCUUGUCAAACUGGCUCAGCCAGCGAAAUUCAACCAAUAUGUGUCUCCUAUCCAGCUGCCUUCUAGCUGCCCGGCUUCUGGGACCUGGUGCCUUGUUUCUGGCUGGGGAAAUCUCCUGACCCACGGAGUUGCUUACCCAGAGAAGCUGCAGUGCCUCAAAGAGCCGAUCAUCCCCAAUGCACAGUGCAAGCAGGCCUAUCCCUCUUACUACAGCAGCAACAUGGUGUGUGCAGGUUUCAUGCAGGGUGGAGAGAGUACCUGCCAGGGAGACUCCGGAGGCCCUUUGGAGUGCAAUGGACAACUGCAGGGGAUCGUUUCCUGGGGUUACGAGUGUGCCAUGAAGGGCCAUCCCACCGUCUACACCAAAGUGUGCAACUACACACCCUGGAUACACCAAAUGAUGUCCUAUUAUUAG